AUGGAAGCCCGGUUCAGUUUCGGCCGUGGUCGUUCGAAUCGUUUGAGUAUCGUUCCAUGGCUCUUAUUCAUUUGGAGUGGGACAGUAUCGAUGGAUUUGGAUCGACUCACGGAUGGCCUGAAAAGGAUUCUGCCACAGGAAAGACAAGGAUUCUGGAACAAACAAUCGACAAGUGUCUGCAACAAUCCGGAAUUCGUGAAGGACAAGAAGUUCGUCAUUUCUGUAACCGAGGAACAAAUCGUGACAAGUGUUGACAAUUCAGCGCAAGCUGAGUCUGAUAUGCAACCAGGACAGUACAGUCUGGAAUCAGUGGUCAACUCAAUGCAUUGGGCAUUGAUGGGAUAA